UGACGUCAUAGUCUCGCUGUAGCCGCCAUCUUGGGUCAUUUCUUGUAGCCAGACUGGGUAUAUUCAGAUCAGGGAAACUGGGUCUUGGAAAGAAAAUGGGACGAUCCCGAACAAGGAGCAGAUCGCCAACCAGACACAGACAUAGAGUAAAACACAAGAAACACAGGUCAAGAUCCCGUUCACGAUCUGUUUCAAGAAAUCGACGAGAAGGCAGCAGACGGAUACGAUCUCGUUCACGGGAUAGAAAACGAACAGCAAGAAACCACAAGGCCCAGAGAACUGACACUGCAGUAAGAAAGCGAUCGUAUUCCUCAAGUAGUUCAAGCAGUGAUGAAGAUCUCAUCAUGCGGGCUAAGCGUCGAGAGGAAGAAGAGAAAAAGGCUGAAUUAGAACGACAGAGACUCCAGAAACAAAAAGAGCUAGAGGAGAAACUAAUCGAAGAGGAAGUUGCUCGUCGUGUAGAGGAACUUGUAGCUAAGAGAGUAGAGGAGGAACUGGAACGGCGUAAAGAUGAGAUUGAAGCCGAGGUCCUGCGUCGUGUAGAGGAGGCCAAACGUAUUAUGGAGAAGCAGAUGCUGGAGGAACUGGAGAAGCAGCGAGAGGCUGAGCUAGAGGCUCAGAGAAAGAAGGAGGAAGAAGAGCGGGCGAAGAGGGAAAGGUUAGAAAAAAUAAUGGAGGACAACAAUAAGAAAAUUGAAGACGCGCAAAGAAAAUUAGCUGAAGAACAGUUGAAAUUAGUUGAAGAACAGCGAAAAAUGUUGGAAGAAAAACAACGACUUGAAGACGAGGAGAGAAAGCGCACAAAGCGAGACCAGGAAAUCAUACUCAACAAGAAGAAUGCAAGACCAAAGCUCUCAUUUGCACUGGGGAAAUAGGAACCCCAGUUGCUGUGUUCUUGUGUGUGAAUUCUUACCUCUUUCCAUGGGAAUAUGAGCAAGUCUACUUGGAUGGCAGAGGAGCAGAGCAUCCAAAGACAAAGACUCUAACAUGCUCAGUUGAUGUACACUUCAUCUCUGUGAGAUGGAAAGUUUAUCUGGGAAUGGGGACAAAUUUUAGUUUGAAUUAUGAUCAAGACAUAAUAACAUUUUAACUUUGCCAGUUUGGCUGGGGGUAACAAAUUGUUAGGUAUAUUGAAUCCAGUCAAAUUGAAACAAUUCCCUAGUAGACAAAGGAACCUUGUCAAGAAUGCAUGAUCAUAGACAGCCUAUCAAGAUGAAAAUCUCAGGUGCUUUUUUUUGUGUGUGAAUAUUUAUUGAUACUGGCUGUUCACUCAUAAGAAGGCACUGUCAACAUUUUGACUAGAUUUGACAGGCUUGAUGUUCAUCCAGGAGGCAAGUUUGUGGAAGGACAGUCUUGAACUGUCCAUGUACAUUGACAGUCAGAGCAGACUGGAGAGAGAGAGAUCGGUCAUUGUUCAUCAUGCCUGGAGGCUUUGUGAGGAAGGGUUGGGUAAAGGUAGGUUAAUCCUGAAUGGGUGGGGUGAAGGGAUUUAAUACUGAUAUUUUAGGGGUGGCAUAUAAAUAUUAGUAAUGGGACUUAAGGCAAAGGGUUGGGGUUUGGAAGAGUUUACUUUAUAGGGGUGGGGAAAACGUAAGAUUCUCGUAAAUUUUGGGAUGGGUUGUAAUUUGUAAAAGGGAUUUUUACUUUUAAAGGGUUAAGAAAGAUGUUUACUUGUAAAGGGUUGAGAAGGAUAUCAAAUGAUCUCUAAGGAGGAGGGAAAAGGAUGGAUUACUUGAAAAGUGGUUGGUUGUGUUAUUCUGGAAUUGGGGUGGGGGAAGGUGGGUGUAGGCUUGGCUGGGUAGGAUCCUGGGGCUUGGUCCUUUGGGGUAUGGGUGAUAGGUUCUAGUAAUCUGCUAGGGGGGGGAACUGUCAUGGCAACUUUAAUAAGAGUGUCCCCUCUGUUUAUGCCCGGAUGUCGGCAUGCCAGGAUGGGAUUUUUGUAUUGUUAUGGAUAAGCAAUUAACAGGUUAAGGUAGGUGUGAGUCAAUACAUUUAUGCUUUUUGUUUUGGGGAGGGUGGGUGUGCAGUGGCUUGGUAUAUUUUAAAUUCACAGGAAGACUUUUGCUUUUGAGAUAAUUUAUCAUAUCUGGAUUUGGCAUUGUACUCGAAACUUGUUAUUUAUUUUGAAAAGGUGUUGUAAAUAUUUCCUCUAUGUUAAAUCAAUGAAUUUAUAUUUAAUCUUUGGAUAUUUUCUAACACAUGGUAUCAUUAGUCUGAUGUUUUCUGUGCUUGUUUUAAACACAUACAGUGGUAAGGGAUACUUCUUUAACUCUAUGCAGUAAGGUGGAACAGUUGGUAAAUUUGUAUGCUAUUUUUUUUUAAUCCAUGACAUUUCUAUACGUUAUGUGAGCAGGUGGCCAUGUUGGAAAGUCUGUUUAAGGAUUUUUGCUAAUGUGUGGAACAAAGCAGUCUCUUUUUUUGUGGUCAUAAUACUUAGUGUCAUAAUCAUGUUAUGCUUUUAAUAGCAACUCUAGCUGCACGUUUUGGGGAGGGGACUAAAUAUAUUAAAACAAAAUGGAAAUCAAAACAACAUGACGAAGGGAAAAUACUAGGACUACAAGCAUCAUUUUCCCGAUUUUUAUAGAACGAUACUGAUCCUGAUGAGGUUGGUCGCGAAUGGAGAAGAAUAUAAUGAGAGUAUGCUCGGGAGGGUAUCUAGGACAUAAUUUUAGCUGAGUUUUUUUCCUGAAUUAGCAGCUCGAGUUUCCUAUGAAACUCAACAACCAUCAGAAUUCCAAGACUUUUUGUGAGCCAUUAUGAUGGUAACUUGUGUGCUUGUGUGACUGUGAAUGUAUGGAUGUAUGGAAGUGGGAAUGUACAGCAGUUUGAAUGAUGUCAGCGUCUGGGGUCGGUUGGCUUGGGCUUCAUUGUAUCAGCCGGUGUUUUGUUUUAUCAUGCAUCAGAAAUGAAUGACUCUAUGAAGAAAGAGGAGAUUGAACAAUCAAGGAAGUGGUGUAUAGGGUGGAAGGGGAACAGGUAAGACUUGUAAGACGGACGAAUCAGGAAGAACGGAAUGAUACAUCAAGGGGACGUGGGAGGGGUAUUUAGAUAUGCUGGGGGUUGGGAAAGAGGGGUGGGGUUUCCAAUAGAUGGGAUUCAUGGGUUCUGUUAAUGCUUGACAUGUUUGUCUAUUUGUGCUGUAUAGUUGCUAAUAAAUUUUGUAUGAAAUAUGA